AUGGCUGGUCACGUGUUUUUGAAGUGCAAUUGGUGUGCCGAUGAAAAUCUUCUAAUUGAUGCUGUUUGUGAAAUUUGUUUGAAUGAAGUAAUGUGUCAGGACUCAAAUGAGAGCUCAAACAAUAUCACAAAAAUUUUUCUCCGUCCACCUUCAAAUUCAUUAUCAACAUCUGAUAAUUGUAAUAAAGAAGUAGAAAAUUUUAAUAAAAGUGAAAUUAAUAACAGUGAGGAACCAACUAUUGUCAUUACCAUAUUACAACCAGAAGACUGUCAAAUUCAAUCGAUUAAUUUAUUAAGUGAUGCGAAACAUACUGAACUUUAUCAUCGUGAAUACAUUUGUACGAGUCAAGGUUCACGUUUAACAGAUCUGGACUCGGAUCCAAUAUACGAAACAAAUUUAGAAUUGAAUCAGCCAUAUGACGAAGUAACUUUGAAAGUAAGUCCAAUUUAUUUAUUUUCAAUAUGAUCUAAUGGCCAAGGAAAAAAAAGUGCUUCCUUUCGUGAUUCUUAGACGUUUUUUUCGGCAGUUUUUCUUUGCCUUACAUACAUUGCAAAAGACUUGUAAUCAAUAAUUAUCCAUUCAAAAUAAAAUUUGAGCUUGGUUUCGUCUAAAUGCACUUAGACUGUAUUAGUGAUUUGAA